UCGCCGUCGCCGCGCCGCCGUCGCCGGUCGCCGUCGCCGUCGCCGCGCCGUCGCCGCCGUCGCCGUCCGUCGCCGUCGCCGUCGCGCGUCGCCGCGCCGUCGCCGUCGCGCCGUCGCCGUCCGCCGUCGCCGUCGCCGCCGCGUCCGUCGCGUCGCCGUCGCCGUCGUCCGCCGCCGUCCCGUCGCCGUCGUCGCGCGCCGCCGCCGCGCCGUCGCCGCGCGCCG